AUGUGUUUAUUCACAACAAUUUCCUCUACAUCAUCACCUUCACUAAUUGAAUCAUUUAAAUUUCAUCGUCAAAUACGUUCAUCACAUCCAUAUUAUCGUUAUAAAUUACGUAUUAUUUAUUUUCGAGCAUAUGAUAUUAAUAUUACUGAAACAUCAUUAAAAACAAAUGUAUUAAAUUUAACUGAGACAAAUUUAAUUGAUCUAUCCGUUGUUAUAUAUAAUCAGUCAACAUCAUUAUUAUCUUUAAAAUUAUGUUCAUUAUUAAAAGAUCAACAAUUAAAUAAUAGACGUGAUACAAUUAUUAUUGCUGAUUUUUAUACGAAAGAAAUUGAAUUAUUAUCGAGAACACUUGAGAUACCCACCGUUGUUAUUAACAAUAGAUAUGCAAUUGUACAUGGAAAAGAGAAAAAUCCAUAUUUAUUUAAAUUAAUGCCUGAUGCAACUGAAGAAGCAAAAUCAGUAGCCAGAACACUUGAAACACGUAGUGUUUAUACUAGAAUAGCUUUAAUUUAUGAAAUAUCAUCGGAUAUGAAUGAAUAUCGUUUACAAUAUUUGACAAUGGCUAAACAACAUAUUAUUUAUAAAGCACAAUUACCAAAAAUUUCAUUAUGGCAAGAAGUAAAACGUUCAUAUAUACGAAAAAUAUUUUAUGAUUUAUCUCAAUUAGAUGUUGAUUUAAUAUUUUGUAUUAUGUCUACAGAUCGUGAAAUACAAUUUUUAAGAUUAGCAAAAGAAAUUCAAUCACCAUUAUUAAAUCGAACAUCAUGGUGGUUUUCUACACGUCUCGGUGAUUCACCUAUUAUUCGAUAUUAUCAUCCAAAAGUAUUUACAGCAAGUGAAGAUCGACGACGAACAUUAACAUCAUUUUCAAGUUCAGCACUUAAAAUUUUAUUUAAUGCUAUUAUUCGAACUUAUAUGAGAUUAGAUUCAUCACAUGAUAGUUAUAUGGGUGCAUUAAAAUGUGAUGAUACGAGAAAUACACUUGCACAAAUAAAUCGAACAAAAAAUUUUAUUAAGUACUUUUCCGAAUAUACUACAUGGAGUUGUGACAUACGUAUUGCUUCAGGAGUAGAUCCAUUAAUAUUUAAUGAACGAACAUUGGCAUGGCGUAUUCCGACAAUUUUUAUGAUUCAUCAAGAAUAUUCUUGUCAAGGAAUGAUAACAUGGACAUUUUGGACAAACAAUCAAAAUCCUGCCAAAGUAUUUUCUUGUCCGCCAAGUUCAUCUACAAUAACAAAUAAAAUGACACUUGAUUUAACACCAUUUCAUCAAGCAUUUGGCAAAACAUUUCCAGAUCCAACUAUCGAUUGCAAAUAUGUGCGUAUCAAUGCGAUGUUGACACAUCCAACAAUUGUAGGCGUCGUUGAACCACCCUAUCUAUUCGUUAGUGAAACUGAAAUUAGUAGUGAAUUUCAUUGUAAUUAUGGUGUACCAUGUUAUCAAAUUGAUCCACCGAUAAACAAUACACCCAUAGAUAUGCUCUAUUUUCAGUCAAAUAUGACAAAACCACCACGAUGUUGUUAUGGAAUUAGUGUAAAUUUAUUAUUGAGAAUGGCAGAUUCAACAAUUGGUUUAAAAACCAUACGUCUAUUUGUAUUUUCCGAUGUACCAGGAAAAUGGUUAGCACUAAUUGAAUCAUUAGAAAAUCGUCGUGCUCAUCUAUCAAUAUCACCUAUACCUUAUGAAUAUUAUUUCAAACGAAAUAUUGAUUUAACUUAUCCAUUUUAUCAUAGUUCAUAUGUUAUUCUUACUGCACGUCAACCAUCUGAUCCAUCAUUAGGCGCUUUUUUACAACCGUUUAGUUGGGACACAUGGUUGGUCAUAUUCAUAAUUUUAAAUGCAACUGCACUAUUUGAAACAUUUUUUGAAUGGCAUAGUCCAUAUGGUUUAACUCCGAAGGGACGACGACGACAAAAAGUAUUUAGUUUAGCAUCAGCGUUAACGUUGAGUUGGUCAAUUAUUUUCUCACAUACAUUCAAAACAAAAUCACCGAAAUGUUGGUCAAAUCGAUUUUUAGGAAAUGUUUGGGGCGGUUUUGGUAUUGUAUUUAUUGCCAUUUAUACUGCUAAACUGGCUGCAUUUAUGGUCGAAUUAGGUGAUGUACAACUAGCAAGCGAUGUUCAAGGAAUUAUAGAUACUUGCCGUAAAUUACAUAGUUGUACUCUGGGUGUUGUUGCCAAUACAAGUGAUGAAGAAUAUUUGAAAAAAUAUUAUUCUACCUCUUUAUAUCAAAAUGUUCACUAUGUUAAAAAUUAUUCAGUUGGUAUCGAUUCAUUAAAAAAUAAAACAAUAACAUUCAUGUUGAUGGAUCAUUCAAUUGCUCGUUAUUAUACAACACGAGAUGUACUUAAAUCAAUUCGAAUUAGUGGAGAUAACUUUGGUGCAUUUGGUGUAUCAUUAGGCUUUUCAAAAUAUGAUGUUGAAUUAAAAAAUAAUAUAACCAAUAUACUAUUGAGUUAUAUGGAUAAAGGAAUUAUACAACGUUUACAUGACGAGUGGUAUGGUUAUGAAAAUUGUGAAUUCAAAAGAUUUUCCAAGAAUCGUAAAUUAAUUCUUGAACGUUUUGUCGGUGUAUUUAUUUUAUUGGGUGGCGGAGUAUUAAUUGGUUUAUUAACGUUACUUUUGGAAUGGUUUACAUUCAAAUAUUUUGUGCCAUAUUGUAGAGAAAAAGAAUGGCGUGGAUGGAUGUUUUGUAGUCAACGAUUAUAUGCAGCAUUAAAUGUUUCAGAUGAUGUGUUUGCAGAAGCAUAUUAUGAUUCUAAAAGUCAUUCGUUUAAAGAAGUUGGAGAACGUUUACAUAAUUACUCUGCACGAAGUGAUAGUUUAGAUUUGCGUGUUGUUGAUGUUCCCAAAUUGUUAAGUACAACAUAUCGUUUAAAACAAGAAAUUGAUAAUAUUAAACAGACAAUUCACUCAACACGCUGUAAUACGUUUAACGAACAAGAUGAAUCAUCACAACUACAAUUUGUUGAAGAAAUUCCCUUACUUGAACGACCAAAUGAAUCUUUAGGACGAACAACUACUCUACCAUUAUCAAAUAAAUCUUAUUUAAAUAAAUCCUUUUCGGAAACUCAGGGAGAAGAAACAACAUCAAUAGCAGUAAAUACUGAUAAUAUAUCAGUUACAGUUGAUCAGAGAAUACAAACACUCGAAAAAGAAUUGGAACAAUUAAGAUUACAACUAAUAGGUGUAGCAAAUGAAAAAGAGCAAUUACAGAAAGAACUAAAUAAUGCAUUAUCGAAUAAAUCCUCUUAA